GUUCCUCCACCACCAAGUCGCCCCUCAAUAGUAACUGUUGACGGACAUCGUGCAACAAUCGAGUGGACGCCUCCUGAAGUUGAUCCAAACAGUGCGCCAUUGAUAGGAUAUCAGGUGGAAUACCGAGUUUUCGGCACUGCUGAUUGGAUGGUGGCCAACGAUGCCCUAAUAACGGAGUGCACGUACACAGUGGAAAGUCUUCGACCGAAUGGUGUGUACGAGUUCCGUGUACGUGCACGAAGUGCUGAUGGUUUCGGCGCACCAAGCCGGUCGUCAGGAGCCACCCAUAUCAAGCCUGCAGCUCCUCAACGAGGUGUUGGCUCCCGACCGAUUCUUCCUGGCCUCCGACCGCCUGGUCAACCG